AUGGAACGCUCCCAUAAAAGCCGGACGAACACACAAUAUUCAUUCAAGAUCAAAAAGCCCCUCGGAAGUACCUCCAAAUAUCCCUAUGAGAAGGCUCGACAGUGGGUCAACCGAUCUCCCGAACAGAGGCAACAAGAAGUCGCAGAAAGAAAUGGAAAAAUCACGAGGCCUUUGAAUGCAUUUAUGCUCUACCGAAUGGACAACGCUUCGUAUAUUCGCGAGAACAUCGAAGGGGGGCUAAGUUGGGCUUUGGAGCCUAAAAAGGUCAAAGAGAUCUAUGCUGAUCUCGCUUUGGAAGAUCAAAUACGCCAUGUCGAAGCACACCCUGAGUAUAAGUUGACUCAACGGAAAUUUGCCAAAACCGAAAUACAAGACAGUGAGAGAUGGGAAUCAGCUUUAUUCAAGCAUAUGGAUGGCCAUUCACAUCGGCAAACAGAAUUCUACAAUCCCAGUGAAUUGGAUUUUCCGCUAUUUACAUCUCCUUUAUUCCAGCUCACAGACGAGGACUGGGAUAACUCCGGAUAUGUCUUCUGA